AUGGUGGUGGUAGCAGGACAAGCCGGUGAGUUUGAUGGCGACGCUGACGACGCUUCGACAGUCCCUCAAAGCUCUAAAGAAGGCUCAGCACAGGCGUUCCAUCGAGUGCGGUGUGCUUCCGGCGAGCGAGUGGCUGCAGCGGACGGGAGGAAUCCGAAGAGAGUCCGUGAGGUGCGAAAGCCGUCUGCUGCCACCUCCGCUUCCUCUUCGUCGUUGGAAGCUGUCCAGACGAGCGGCACGGCUCUGCAGACCAACCAGCCUAGCUUGCACAAGGCUUUCGUCGCGGAUGACCGACCAAAGCGCGAGGUUGGGGGGGCCGGGGGCUCUUCGGAGCGAAGUCCAAAGAAGACUCGGCAUGGUGUGGUCGGCAGCGGCGCCGACUGCCGCGUUUCGGCUCAACCUCGCCCGAUCCAAUCCCAGCCCAUCAACACCUCACCGGUCCCUCCCCCACGCCAUAUGCAGCUUCCGGCAGCCUCUCAUCCGAGCCUAGCUGCUCCUUCCAAUGGCCUACGCUGA